UCGUCUACUCCACUGACGCUUGAAGCCCGCGGUUUACAAAAGACAUUGUCGCAUUCAGCGAAAUAAUAUCACGUUAAUAAAAUGUUCUUUUAACCGAGGCUGACUUGCUUGGAUGCUAACGUCGACUCCGGGUAUAGCAAACGUCGGUAAUUCAACACAAAUCAGAACUGACCGUGCAGCAGUGAAAUUGUUAGCAGCGCUAACAAUUUCAUUGCUAACUUGCAGUAGCAAGUUAGCAAAUGGCUAGUUAGCCACAGUGCAGGUAACGUUACCUUGUCAACUGGCAUCAACUCAAACAGCCGUGCCUAACAACUAGGAAACGAGCUGAGCUGUUAUCAACGCGAGCUACAUAACAGCAACAAUGUCGCUGUCAACUGAGAAUCGUCUUGCGGCUUCCGGAAGCCUCGUUGUUAAAGGACAAACUAUUUGUGUGGUUCCCGACUUCUCGUCUGGUCACCUGGAAGAUGAGUUUGACCUGAACAGGUCUUACCCGUGUACUCGCAGACCUCUGUACAAGGAGAGGCUUUUAGCCUUGCAGCGUCGUUAUGAUCCUGCUUCCCUGACAGGUGAUCAUUUUGACAUUGGAUCUUCUGUGGCCACAAAAAACCGCCAGAUGUGUAGUUUGCUUCCUUCUUCCCAAGCUGGUUCCUUGCCACACUUGUCUACUAUGUCAGAGAGAGAGGAGAUGCUCUUCAGUCAGCUAAUGUCUGGUGACUUUGGCCUGCCGGGGUAUCCCUCUGCCUUCAACCCAAACAAAGUCAUUCUAACUGUCAACCAUAAAACUAAAAAGGUUUUGUCAGCAAAUGAACAAGCCUGCAAGCUGUUUGAGUGCACAACUGAAGAGCUGAUUGGAAAAACGCUGCCCUCCCUCUUAAAGAAAACCAGUCAGGUCCUGGAAGAAGCACUGGAAGAGGAUUUUCCACUAGUUGAUGGGACUGUUGCAGCAGCGUCUGGAAAAGUGGUGGAUGCCCUGACUUUAUCUGGAGAGGUGCCAGUGUCAGUGUACACCUACAGACAGUCACAGAAUGAAGAGCACCUCCUUCUCAUGAUUGAAAAUGUAGAAAGGGUGUCUUCCUUUUUGUCCUUCUCAAGAGAUGGCAGAAUCCUAACCUCUGAUUUGGCAUUUGCCCAUCUCCAUGGAUACCAUCAUCCCGAGGAGUUAAAAGGAGUUUUUGUGAAGGAGCUAAUCCCCUCUUUACAAAUCCCCCUCCGCAGUCAUGCACUGCCCAAAAUGCUGAGGGUUCAGCGAGUGUGUGGUAGAAGCAGAGAAGGUGCAGCAGUCCCGCUGUGUGUUAAACUUCAAGGGGCGGUGCAGUGUGGGAAACCCCAACACCAGCUUAAUGGGACUGGCUACAUAUACCUCAAUGACAGCCUUGAAAUGUCAUCCUCAUCAGACGUCAAUGUGGACAGCACUGUCAGCCCAGCCCUAGAAUACUUUGGAACAGUUUGGGUGUUUGCUCCUGUCAGCGGUCUCCUUCUGCUCCGCACUGAUGGUUCUAUCAUCAGCAUCCACAGCCACCUGGCCCUCAGUCUGUUUGGCUACAGCAAGGACGAGCUGCUGGGGAAGAACAUCACUUUCCUGAUGCCCGGUUUCUAUGGGUGGAUGUCGGACUCGGACAGAAAGGCCAGAUCCUUCUCUGAUUCUCAUGCAGAGGCCCCUAAAAGUCCAGCAGCAUCGAGGAUAUCAGGAAAAUAUGACCCAUCCUCCCUGGUGGCAGGAGACAUGGCCAUGGUGCACCGAGCAGCUCUGGAAAGGACUUCAGCAGGGAGAGGCAGGAUCUUCACUGGCACCAGCACGAUGCUGGAUAAACAGGGCAGCGCUCUGUCUGCCCUCUCCCCUCCUGCAGUCACCUCAACACGUGUGGUUACGGCCAAUAACACUGCAGAGCUGAUGGAAGAAGCAGCUCAGGUAGCACCAUGCAGUAGCCAGCUAGACAGUGUGGAUACUACUCAGGCACUCCUCAAGACAUUUACCUGGGUGGAACUUCCAGAUGACGACACCUCCCGCUCUGUUCCCACUGAACCAUCGCGCCAAAAGAGAGAACAGCAGCCGGGCAGUGAGGUUCAGAAAAAAGAUGAACCCGUCCCUGAGAAUAUCCCAGACUGUCCUGCUGGGAAUGGACAUGCUGUUGAUAAGAUCAAUGACAAACCUCCUGAUGUAGGAAAAGAUCACCGUUCAUCUGCCUCUGUUUUUGAGGAAUCGAGCUUUGAGGUCAUCUCAAUGGAGAGCCGGUCUUCUUCUGGCUUCUGUGAAAAUUUUGCUGGCCACGGUGGUUCUGAUCCAGCCCAAGCAGUGGACUCAGCCAGUGUCUUUCUGGACCUAAACAGCAAUGGUGAUCUGGUUACCCGGGCCCUAGCAGAGCUAGACCUGGGUGGUAAUAUAGAGCUGCUCAGUGGCGGAGGAGGCAACAAUGACAACCAACACUCUGUGGCAUCGUGUGAUACGGCUGAGCUCCUGCGGACUCCCUCCCCAUGCAUGGUGCUGUCUGACCAAGAAGCGGAGCCCAAUGAGCCUGGGGACGUUGCUGCUGUGGAGGCCAGAAACAAAUCAGCUGAAAAACUUGAAAAGCAUAAGGAUGAGCAGGUUCACUGGGAAGCUGUCUCUGCAAUUCAUCAAGGAAAGGGCCAAGAGGGCUGUGAACAAGUGAAUACUGGGAUUCAGUCACUGACAGAUAUGCCUGCCACAUCAACUCCCAAGAAACAGAAGGUGUAUGGACACAACCAGUCCUCAGAUGCCACACGUAUAGUGGAGGGGCGAUUUGAAGGAAGUGGAUACCACAGAGACGGCACAAGAAUAGAUGUGCUGUGUGAUGUGUGUGGGACUAACCUCCCAGACGGAAGCUCCAUUUUCUGCGUGUGGAUGUGCAGACUCAGCCAGCAGGGGGCGUUGUCACAAACUGAUCAAUCACUGCAUGACCAAACAGCAGGCAGUCUAGGAGAGAGGAUUGGUGAGGCCAGUCAGGGGGAAGCAUUGCGCUCCACCAUGGACCUCGAGCAGUCUAAAGCCUGUGAUGGACAGUUUGAAGAAGAGUACAAGCCGAUCAAAGCUGUUGGUAAAGGAGCCUUUGGAUUUGUCUGGAAGGCAGAAAGGCGCUGCGAUGGGCAAGAAGUGAUUGUGAAGUUCAUCAGCAAGACCAGAAUAGUGAGCGACUGCUGGGUAGACGACCCAAUGUUAGGGCGAGUGAGCCAGGAGAUCGCCAUACUGACCCGAGUGACGCACCAUAACAUCGUUAAGGUGCUGGAGGUGUUUGAGAAUGGGAGUUACUUUCAGAUGGUGAUGGAGAAACACGGAGACGGUUUGGACCUUUUCGAGUUUAUAGACAUGCAGCCGAGGCUCGAUGAGCCCCUUGCCAGCUACAUAUUCAGACAGAUUGUGGCAGCUGUCUUCUAUCUGAGGACCAAGAACAUCCUUCACAGGGACAUAAAAGAUGAGAACAUCAUAAUCGACACAUGUUUUCACAUCCGACUGAUAGACUUUGGCUCUGCUGCUAUAAUGACUCCUGGGAAGCUCUUUUAUCAUUUCUGUGGCACCCUUGAGUACUGCUCCCCAGAGGUGCUACAGGGAAAUCCCUAUGAGGGUCCAGAGCUGGAGAUGUGGUCUUUGGGGGUUUUGCUCUACACGUUGCUUUUCAGCGAGAAUCCCUUUUGUGACGUGGGUGAGAUCCUGGAUGCCAAACUAAAUCCCCCGUAUCAUCUCUCUCCAGAGCUGGAUGAUGUAUUACAUGGGCUGCUUGACCCUAACCCAACUCACAGAAUGACUUUAGACCAGCUGCUGCUGCAGUCCUGGAUCAGCCAGCCCAUUUCUCUAUCAGAGUACACCUGGGUAGAGGUUGUUCCUGAAAAUCUGAGCUGCUGUUUACCGCAGCACCAAGAAUCCAGUCCUAAGGCGUACAUCGGGCAGAGCUCAUUUUCAGACGGUGGGGAUGACACUCUGCCUGAGGAUGACGAGGAGGAAGAUGAGGAUGAGAGGUUGGAGAUUGCAGCCCUGAAAUCGGAGCUGCAUAAGUACCUCGUUGAGGAUUAAAGACUCUGCUUAAACAAAGUGAAGCCUUCAUGCGAACUGUCAAAUCACCUAUUUUAUCUCGAGUCACUGAACAAAGAUAUGAAUGUUGAAGAAAAAUGAAGUGUGUCUCAACAAUGGGACGCUGCUGCCGGGACUAAAUAUGAGAGAAACAGACUUCUGACUUAAUCAUGGGUCAGUCACACUGUGCUUGUUUCUGUGUUCAGGAUGUAAUCUGUUUUAUUUAUUUUCUGCAGUUUGAUGAAAAAUUAAAGCAGCAAAAAGAAAUUGUGACAGUUUAAAGUAUCACCCAGCUUUACUACAAAAACACAAUAACUAUAAGCUGUUACCUCAGAGAAAUCACACAAACUCAUUAAAGUUAAAGAAACUCUUGAUCCAGCUUUUUUUUUUUUUAAAUAAUGGGCAAUUUAUAUUCAUUGUUUUAUUCUUGUAUAUUUUAAUUAAAAGUGUAAGAAUAUCUGAUAUUUAUCUAUUUAUUUUUAUACAUCAAUAAAUGUAUUGCCACAAGCAUGUUCUCUUAAAUCAGGUAACUGCUACUUAAAUUUGUAUCCAAAACACUAAAUGACUGCAGUACUUGUUGGGGACACAUUUAUCAGGUUCCCAGCUGGUGUUAAAGCUGCCAGAUUAACAGCUGCUGUUAUUUACAGGCUGCCAUUUCCUUCACAGACUUUCACGUUAUUUCAAAGUAGAGAGCAGGGUGGUACUGCAAAUAUUUCAUCAUGAGUACAUUACACUAGCUACAGACUGUCAGCUAUUCCAAUAAAGUUGAACAUUUAUUUUCACUGUGUAUUUGUGAAGAUAUGAGUUCCUGAAAAGUCCUUAUAAUAACACUGAACCAUUAAAAAAGCCCAGACUUUA